AUGACCAUGCAGCUAGGCCUGGCCCUGGUGCUAGGAGUGGCCCUGUGCUUGGGGUGUGGCCGAUCCUUGCUGCAGGCCCCUGCACGCCCCUUCUCGGUGCUGUGGAACGUGCCUUCAGCACGCUGUAAGAACCGCUUUGGCGUGCCCCUGCCACUUGAGGCCCUGGGCAUCUCAGCCAACCGUGGCCAGCAUUUCCACGGCCAGAAUGUCACCAUCUUCUACAAGAACCGGCUCGGCUUCUACCCCUACCUUGGGCCGAGGGGCACAGCUCACAAUGGGGGCAUCCCACAGGCUGUGCCUCUGGACCGCCACCUGGCACGGGCUGCCUAUCAGAUCCGCCGCAGCCUGUGGCCGGGCUUCGCUGGCCUGGCAGUCCUGGACUGGGAAGAAUGGUGUCCACUCUGGGCCGGGAACUGGGGCCGCCACCGCAUCUAUCGGGCUGCCUCCUGGGCUUGGGCCCAAUGGGUAUUCCCCAACCUGGAUCCCCAGGAGCAGCUCCAUAAGGCCCGCGUUGGCUUCGAACAGGCAGCCCGAGCACUGAUGGAGGACACGCUGCGGCUCGGCCGGGCGCUGAAGCCCCAUGGGCUCUGGGGCUUCUACCGCUUCCCAGCCUGUGGCAAUGGCUGGCGUGGUGCGGCUUCCAAUUACACGGGCCACUGCCAUGCUGCUGCCCUGGCGCGCAACACCCAGCUGCGUUGGCUCUGGGCCGCCUCCAGCGCCCUCUUCCCCAGCAUAUACCUCCCACCCAGGCUACCACCUGCUUACCACCAGGCAUUUGUCCGCUACCGCCUGGAGGAGGCCUUCCGUGUCGCUGUCGCUGGGCACCCACAUCCCCUGCCUGUCCUGGCCUAUGCCCGCCUCACACACCGGAGCUCUGGGAGGUUCCUGUCCCAGGAUGAACUUAUGCAGACCAUUGGUGUGAGCGCGGCACUGGGGGCAGCCGGCGUGGUGCUCUGGGGGGACCUGAGCUUCUCCAGUUCUGAGGAGAAGUGCUGGCAUCUCCAUGACUACCUACUGGGCACCCUGGGUCCCUAUGUGAUCAACGUGACCAGGGCAGCCGUGGCCUGCAGUCACCAGCGGUGCCAUGGCCAUGGCCGUUGUGCUUGGCAAAACCCAGGACAACUAGAAGUCUUCCUGCAUCUGCAGCCAGAUGGCAGCCCUGGAGCUUGGGAGUCCUUCAACUGCCGCUGUUACCAGGGCUGGGCUGGCCCUACCUGCCAGGAGCCCAGGCCUGAUCUUGGGCCUGAAGAAGCAACAUAA